ACUCUUUAUUGAGGGAUGAAUACUGUUUUGGGUGAUUUGUAAACCCAAACUUAAAACAAUGCAUUUUGAUUAACUGAAACAUAGGUUAGGUAAUUAAAAAAAGGGAUCACAGUUUUGCCGAGUGUUUUCGGAUCUUCAGCAAUACGGAACCCACCCCUUGCGAAGCAUUAUUCUUCCUGGUUCCUGAAACUCCAGAAGCCCCAGAAUCAAAGCUUCUACCUCGGCUACGUCGGUGCUGCACUGCUGCUCUAACAAGUCUGCUAGUAGAAGUUUGCAGCACGUAAUGAGAGGAUGAAUUCGUUCUCGGUUACAAGGAAGAAAACUCCUUUUCAGAAGCACAGAGAAGAGGAGGAGAACAAGAAAAAGAGAGCGGAGGAUGAAACCGCUCGAUUGUAUGCUGAAUUCGUGGAGUCCUUUCAAGGUGAUAAUGCACCGGGGUCAAAGGCAUUUGUUAGAGGAGGAACAAUAAAUCCCAAUGAGAAAAUUAAGACUGAAUCUGAAGGUGGGAAUUCCAAAGAUGUGGUAUCUGUUCCAAAGAAGGGAAGUAGGUAAAUGAAAGUACCUGUUUCUUAAAAGAUGGAAUCUUGGUGUUAGCCAUGUUCUGUGCUAGAAAUGCUACAGUGCACAUUUUUUAAAACAUCCUUUUUUGUGGACUCUGAUCUCUCUAUAUUUCAUAUGAAGCUUUUCUCUCUAGGGAUUUGAAGAGAAAGAAAUUGGAUUUGUUCUAUGAAGUACAUCCUUAGAGGCAUGGCAUGAAAUGAAGUUGUACUUGCAAUUUUGAGCUCGUAUUUAAGUCGUAAUUAGUUGCUGACCUAUAACUCAGAGCAUAUAGGCUACGUGUUUCUUCUAGAUGUGUCUAAAUUCUCUAUUUGUGGAGGAAUUUUUUCAUUCUAUGUAUCCUUUUAGCCUCUUAGUUUCUUCUAGAGUAAGAGAUAUUUAAUAUUAUUUUCUUUUGUAGAAGAAUUCAUUUGCUUCUAUUUCUUAAUGAUGAGCCAUAAAUUGUGGCUUCCCUCGUGAUUUCUAAGCUUGGAUGAUCAUGCCAAUGUUGCAAUAUCUAUUUAUGUUUUGGGUUGCUGGUGGAAAGUGAAGUCUUCUAUAAUUUUGUGGUUUCUGUUUAUUUCAAAUAUC